GUAGCGUAGCCCAUGUUUCUGGCUGCGAUGAGAAAUUCACUAUAUCCUGUGUCAAUAUAUUCGUUCGCUUUCAGCAUUUAGGGCAGUAUACGUGGAGCCGGAUAUCUGUGUGGAGGUGGCGCUGCCCUACAUCGCGUUUUAUAAUGAUUGCUGCGGCGUUUUUGGUUUUAUUAAGACCGUAUAGUAUUCAAGUUGUCUUGUUAUUAUUGCUGCUAUUGGUGGGAACUAUUGCAACAAUUCUCUUUUUCUGUUGCUGGCAUCGGAGGCUUCGUAACGGGAAACAUCCUAUUAAAUCCGUGCUUUCAGGGCGCUCAAGGAGUCGCGAAGCUGGUCUCCGGACGCAUCAUUUUCGAUCAGAGGGCUUCAGGCACAGCCCGCGCCAUGCCAGGAGGGCGCGCGCUCGAGUUGCAGAGGAAAAGCCUCUUGUCGAAAUUCCCGAGAGUGAGCAUCAAAGUGACUCAUCCACAACUGUGAGAAAACGAAAAGUGAAGAAGAGAGUCCUUCCAGACUUCUAUCACUCAGUACAAGUCACCCCAACACGCAAACCCAGCUCCGGUUCGGGCAACGCUUCCCUUCACUGUUCCAUGUCUUCAUCGGCCGAUUUCUCGGACGAAGAUGAUUAUAGUUUUAAAUCUGGAUCGGUCUCACCGGCACCAGGGGACACGUUACCCUGGAACCUACCCAGGCACGAGCGACAUAAGCGAAAAAUUCAGGGAGGAUCCGUUUUGGAUCCAGCAGAGAGAGCCGUGCUCAGGAUUGCAGAUGAAAGAGACAGAGUGCAGAAAAAGACUUUUACAAAAUGGAUAAACCAACAUCUCCUAAAGGUACGGAAGCAUGUAAAUGACUUGUAUGAAGACCUACGAGAUGGACAUAACCUGAUCUCACUGCUGGAGGUCCUGUCUGGCCAGUCAUUGCCUCGGGAGAAAGGGAGGAUGCGGUUCCACAGACUCCAGAAUGUACAGAUAGCACUGGACUACUUAAAGAGGCGGCAGGUCAAGCUAGUCAACAUCAGAAAUGAUGACAUCACAGACGGGAAUCCCAAAUUGACGCUGGGAUUGAUAUGGACCAUAAUUCUGCACUUUCAGAUCUCUGAGAUCCAUGUUUGCGGGGAGUCAGAGGACAUGACAGCCAAGGAGCGGCUGCUGAUGUGGUCCCAGCAGAUGACAGAGGGCUAUGUGGGUGUACGCUGUAACAACUUCACCACCUCCUGGAGGGAUGGGAGGCUGUUCAAUGCUAUCAUUCACAAAUAUAGACCUGAUCUGGUAGAUAUGGGCAGAGUGUCGGCUCAGACUAGCCGGUCAAACUUAGAACAGGCCUUUGGUGUGGCUGAACGGCUUGGGGUGGCCAGACUACUGGACCCCGAGGACAUGGAUGUGCAGUCUCCUGAUGAGAAGUCGGUCAUCACAUACGUCUCCACACUGUAUGAUGUAUUCCCUAAAGUACCUGAUGGUGUUGACGGUGUCAAUGCAAAUGAUGUUGAUAUCAAAUGGGUAGAGUACCAGAACAUGGUGAAUUACCUGAUCCAGUGGAUCAAACACAACGUGGGAUUGAUGUCAGACAGAGCGUUCCCUAACAACCCAGUGGAACUAAAGGCACUUUAUACACAGUACUUGCAGUUUAAAGAGAAUGAAAUCCCACUGAAAGAAACCGAGAAGAGCAAAAUCAAGCAUCUUUACAAAAUGCUGGAGGUGUGGAUGGAGUUUGGUCGUAUCCAGCUGCCUCAGGGGUUUCACCCCAAUGAUGUGGAGAAGGAAUGGGGCAAGCUGAUCGUGGCCAUGCUGGAGAGGGAGAAGAGCCUGAGGCCUGAAGUGGACAGGCUUGAAAUGUUGCAGCAGAUUGCAACCAGAGUCCAGCGGGACUGUGUCACUGGAGAGGACAAACUAGCGUUAGCACGAACUGCCCUGCAGUCUGAUGCCAAGAGACUAGAGUCUGGGGUCCAGUUCCAGAACGAAGCAGAGGUCUCUGGGUACCUUCUGGAAUGUGAGAACCACCUGAGACAGCAGGUGGUUGACAUCCAGAUUCUACUGGACGGGAAGUUUUACUGCUCCGAUCGGCUUGUUCAAAGGGUAUCCAAGCUCCGUGACGACCUGCUGGGGCUGAGGGCAGAGUGUUCCUCUGUGUACAGUCAAGGACGCACCCUGACCACCCAACAGACCAGGAUGGUGAUCUCAGGUAUCACUCAGAGUCUCAACUCAGGCUUCUCUUCAUCGAACCACAACUCCAGCCUCACCCCUGGAGGCCUGGGAACUCCCGGUUCCACCUUCACCUCCAGCUUUACCCCGGGCCUCACCCCUGCCCUGAGCCCCGCAAUGACACCUGGCGGCAUGCAGCCCGGGUCAAUCCAGGCCUAUAUGGGGGGCGGAGGAGGGGGCAUGGAUCCGGGAUCCCUCCAACACCACAAACACAUGCAGAUCCGCAAGCCCCUUGGCAAGUCCUCGCUAGUGGACCCCAACAUGACCAAGGAGGAGGUCAACAUGAACUUUGUGCAGGACCUGAUCAACUGGGUGGAGGAGAUGCAGGUGCAAUUGGAUCACGGAGAUUGGGGAGCCGAUUUGCCAAGUGUGGAAACACAUUUAGAGAACCACAGAAGUGUUCACAGAGCCAUCGAAGAAUUUCAAAUGAGCCUUAAAGAAGCCAAACUUAGUGAGAUUCAGAUGACCCAAGCGCAAAAACUAAGUUAUUCUGAGAAGCUGGGCAACUUAGAAUAUCAGUAUGGGAAGUUACUGAAAUGUUCGCGGGAGCGUCAGAAGAACCUGGAGAGCCUGCAUGACUUUGUGUCGCGGGCCACCAUGGAACUAAUCUGGCUCAACGAGAAAGAGGAAGAAGAGGUCGCUUUCGACUGGAGCGAUCGCAAUGGCAACAUCUCCAAGAAGAGAGAGUACCACGCUGAUCUGAUGAGAGAGUUGGACGACAAGGAGAAGGUGAUCAAGUCUGUGCAGGAUAAUGCAGAGAACCUUCUGCAGGAGAACCACCCUGCCAGGCUAACUAUUGAAGCAUAUAGAGCAGCCAUGCAGACCCAGUGGAGCUGGAUUCUACAGCUCUGCUCUUGUGUGGAGCAGCACCUGAAAGACAACUCAGUCUAUUUCGAGUUUUUCAAUGAUGCCAAAGAGUCCAUGGACUACCUGAAGAGCCUACAAGGUGACAUCCAAAGAAAGUAUGGCUGUGAUCGGACAAGCAGCGUACACAAGCUGGAGGAUCACAUCCAGGAGUCCAUGGAUGAGAAGGAGCAGCUCCUCCAGUACCGCAGCACAGUGGCUGGGUUGGUGGGCAAGGCCAAGGCCAUCGUCCAGCUCAAGCCCAGAACCCCAGACACCCCUAUCAGGUCUUCCAUACCCGUCAAAGCCAUCUGUGACUACCGACAAAUAGAGAUCACCAUCUAUAAGGAUGAUGAGUGUGUCCUGGCCAGUAACUCUCACCGGGCCAAGUGGAAGGUGAUCAGUCCGUCUGGCAAUGAGGCCAUGGUGCCCUCUGUCUGCUUCACUGUGCCUCCACCCAACAAGGAGGCUGUGGACCAGGCCAGCAGAAUUGAGCAGCUGUACCAGAAUGUCCUGACUCUGUGGCACCACUCGCACAUCAACAUGAAGAGCGUGGUCUCCUGGCACUACCUGAUGGCGGACGUCAGAGCCAUCCGCAACUGGAACGUGUCCUCAAUUAAGACCAUGUUGCCAGGCGAGCACCAGCAGGUCCUUAGCAACCUGCAGUCCCACUUUGAGGACUUCCUGGAGGACAGCGAGGAGUCGGAGGUGUUCACAAUGGCAGACUGUUCCCAGCUAGAGAGGGAGGUGUUGACCUGCAAGGAGUAUUACGAGGAGCUGCUCAAGUCUGCAGAGAGAGAGGAACAUGAGGAGUCUGUGUACAACCUGUAUAUCUCUGAGGUGCGUAACUUCCGCAUGCGUCUGGAGGCUCAGGAGGAGCACCUGAUCCGACAGAUCCGCACCCCACUGGACAGAGACGACCUGGAGCAGAGUAUCCUGCGCAUCACAGAGCAAGAGAAGAAGAAGGCAGAGCUGGAUCAGCUAAUGGAGGAUCUGGAGACCAUGAAGGAGAAGUGUGAGACAUUCCUCAGACAGGCCACGGCCUCUCCCUCUAUACCCGCCCUCUCCUCUGACCUCAACGUCCUCAUCCAGAGCAUGAGCCAGGUUUACUCCAUGUCCUCCAUCUACCUGGAGAAGCUGAAGACGGUGAGCUUGGUGGUGAGGCACAGCCAGAAUGCAGAGGCUCUAGUGAAGCUCUUUGAGGCCAAACUUUCUGAGGAAGACGCUGUGAACUCUGACCUGAAGUCCAUUGACACAGUCAUCAGCACACUCAAGCAAUGGCGCUCAGAGAUUGACGAACAGCGGGAGGUCUUCCAUGACCUGGAGGAUGGGCUGCAAAAGGCCCGUGGCAUCAGUGACCACAUGUUCAAGGCUCACAACGAGCGGGACUUUGACCUGGACUGGCACAAGGAGAAGGCUGACCAGCUGGGAGAGAGGUGGCACAAUGUCCACACCCAAAUUGACAGCAGACUUCGGGACCUGGAGGGCAUCAGUAAAUCUCUGAAGUACUACAAAGACUCCUACAGCAGUCUAAAUGACUGGGUCAGAGAGAUGGAGACUGCUCAGCUCAAGACCCAGGAGAACCAGCCAGAGGACAGCAAGGCGCUUGCUGAGCUGCUCAACCAACAGAAGGUCCUUGUUGCAGAAAUGGAACAUAAGCAGAGCAGAAUUGAUGAAUGCCAAAAGUACUCAGAGCAGUACUCAUCUGGCGCUAAAGAUUAUGAGCUACAGCUGAUGACCUACAGAGCAAUGGUUGACUCACAGCACAAGUCCCCGCUCAAGAGACGGAGGAUGCAGAACUCAGCUGAUGCCAUCGUUCAGGAGUUCAUGGACCUCCGAACUCGCUACACGGCCGUAGUAACCUCCAUGACGCAGUAUGUAAAGUUUGCCAGUGAGACGUUGAAGAGAACAGAAGGCGAAGAGAGAUCUGUUGAUGAGGAGAAGAAAGAGCAUGGUGAUAAAGUUAGCAAGCUGUUAGGUUGGAUGUCCAGUGUGAAACCUGGCCAGAGCAAAGAUGGUAAAGCCAGCACAGAGGCCUCUAGUAAGCCCCAGGUUUCAAUGGAAGAAAUUGUAACAAAGAAGGAGCAAAUUGCAGAAGCACUGAGGACUACACAGCUGAUGCUAACUAAACACAGUGACAAAAUGACUGAGGAUGAGAAGCAGGAAGCCAAGGAGCAGCUGAAAUCCCUCCACCAGGCCUACAGUGAUCUCUCCCAGCAGUGUUCUGAUCAGACGCCAUCUACCGAGCAGGCGUUUCAGACCAUUGAGGGGGUACUCGAAGUUGGAAGUGUAGAGGUCUACUCUGUGUUUAGCUCUGUUCAGAGCGGCCUGAUCGACCAUAACACUGGGCUCUGUCUCCUGGAGGCUCAGCUCAUCACCUCUGGCCUCGUUCUGCCUCAGUUAAGGAUGUGUCUGGAGCUGGACGAUGCUUUCCAUCACAACCUCAUUGACGAGCCCACCUGGAAGCAGCUCAGAGAGCUCAACGAAGCCAACCAGUGUAUCCUGAGCCCACUGUUCUCCUCAGAACCUCUCCCUGUGAUAGCAGCGCUUAGAGAGGGGGCCAUCUCUGAGCGCCUGGCCAUGAAGGUUAUAGAGAUCCAGCUGGCUACAGGUGGGUUGAGGGUGUCCUACACGAGCGAUGUACUGACCCUGGAGAGGGCCUUUCAGUUUGGCCUGAUCCCUGCCCCUCUGUACGUCAAGCUCUUGGAGAGACAGGACACAUGGAAGGACCUGAUCAACCCCAGCACGGCAGAGAAGGUCUCGCUCACCCAGCUGGUGCAGAGGAGCGUGGCUGAUGUGGAGACUGGACUGCGACUGCUGCCGGUGAAGAAAAGCCACAAUGGAAACAUGGAGUUGACAUCUGGGAGGGAGAUUAGUGUACUUAGUGCGGUUCAUGAGGGCUUGAUUGACAGACAGACCACGAUGAGGCUGCUGGGGGCUCAGCUGUUUGCAGGUGGUAUCGUCAACCCCAAAACAGGCCGUAAGCUCACCGUAGAGGAAGCACUGUCAGAAGGCUUGAUUGAUCAAGGCACUGCCACUGAGAUACUGAGCCAGCAGGCCCAAAAUGGAGGCAUAGUGAACCCUCAGAAUGGCAAAAGGCUAUCGGUGGAUGAGGCUGUUCAGUGUGAUUUGAUGAGCUCUAGCAGUGCACUCUUGGUGCUCGAGAAACAGAAGGGGUUCAUGGGACUUUUAUGGCCUCACUCUGACACCCUUGACACAUCCACAGAGUUUCCAUGCACUGAGGAAGAAGCAUGGGACAAUGAAGAUGAGAGAGGCUUUGCGAUCCACCUUCUCAGAGCCCAACUAGAGGAGGGUGGUAUUUUGGACAUCAUCUCUGGGAAACGCUAUGACCUUGAUGCAGCUCUUCAUAAAGGCCUUGUGGAUGAGGAGACUGUGUUAGAAGUGCUGUCAUUGCAGCUCCACAAGGGAGAGGUUUUAGGGGAUGAGAGAAGCACAGUGGCAACCCUGAAAGAAGCUGUGUCUAGAGGCUCCAUAUCCUCCCAGAUAGCCCUGCAGAUCAUGGAACAGCAGAGCCUGUUGGGUGGUGUAUAUGACUCCAAGUCCGGAUGCACUAUUCGUGUAAAUGAAGCACUGGAUUCAGGGUUGAUUGAUGAUGAUUUGGCUGAAAAGAUCCUUCACUCAGACCCAGUAUACAACGCAAUCAUCGACCCUGAUAGAAACUGCAUGCACAGCAUUUCUUAUUCCCAGAGUCUGGGCCUCAUAGACAACAACGAGGCCGAGAAUAUACGUCAACAUCAAACAGACAAAAAUGUGCCGGUUUUGGUUCUUGACGCCCCUGAUGAGGAUGUCAAUGGGGAAGAAGGUAAAGAGAAUAGAAAUAGACAUGCAGGGGAAGAUGUGGAUGCAGAAGGAAACAGAGAACAGAACUGCGACUCCCAGAAGUCCUUACUACCUUCGUUCACCAUUAGUCAUGGGCCUGUAUGUAGACAGAUCCUAUCACCUAUCCUGUCAGAUCAGGUAACAGGGGAACGUGUCAUCCAUCAACCUGACACAUCAUCUUCAUUAAGGGAAGAUGGUUCCUCACAGGCCCCUACCAGUCCACUGUCAGACAUGGUCCCUGGGUCUAGAAAUUCCAUCCACAAUGACAUGUUGUCAAACAGAUCAAACUCUCUCAGUUUGAGCGAUAGUGGAGAUAGCGGAGCUCCUCAGGCCCAGGCUAAAGAGGUGAGACAGACAGAGGAAGAUGGUAACAGUUCUCUGAGGAGAGGCACGAAUCUGUCCUGUGAGGCAAUCGGCUUCACUCCGGGGGAUACCGUGCAGAUAAUGGGAUACCGUGAGAUAAUGGGGAACCAGACUGUCAGUCCUGUUCAGAGUGACUCGGGCGUGUCCUGCUCAUCACAUAGUGAUCUGUUGUCUGAUGAAAGGAAAAUGGAGAAUGUGUUGAACGCAGUUCAGCCGCCAGCUAGCCAGCUAGUCAAGAAGUCAGACUUCAUGACACCUGAUAGUGUCCUACCACCUGCGUCGGCCAUCUAUAGUGCUCUAAGGUCCGGUUUAGGUGAGCUGGUGAGAAUGAGAGUGGAGGGGGCAGAUGUCGAUGAAUUACAAAAGGCUAAGACCCAAGCAUUGGAGGGCAUCAUCAACCUGAUACAGGACAAUCCACUGUCCCAUGGAAGAGGUUCUGGUGAUUUUGGUAGUGAGACAGAUGCAGCUCCUGGGCUUGUGAAAAGUAAUAGUCCAGAUCUCCUCAGGGAUCUGUUGAAGCAUGAGGCUCUCCGCUCAGGUAAAACUAGUCUGGAUGGAGGGAAACCACCCCAUGAAGAAACACCUCCAUCUGAUAUGAUCCAGAUUAGGUUUCAGCAGGUUCUUCAAAGUGUAUCCUCAAGCCAAGACCCUGCCAUGCUCAGAGAUGUGAUUGGAGCCUUGAGGAGUAUUCUGGGGGGUGCUCCUGAUGAGGACAGGCCACGCAACCUGGAGAUCAUCCAGGUGGAGGACUCGUCCGAUGAGGCUGAAGGUGCCGUGGCAGAUCCCAUGGAAGGUCUUGACCUAUAUCAAUCUACUGAGGUUGAAACCAUUUCAGACACAGGCAAUGCUGGAGCAGUUCAUCCUAAGGUCAGGAAACAGUACUCCACCCAGGAUUAUCUGGAGUGUGUUGGUAGACUUCAGGAUCAUGCAGAUGUUCUAGUGGAGAUCAGGAACGACUUGUCAUCCAAGCAGGGCUCUCUGAGUAACAACAUGGAGGAGUUACACAGUCAGCUGGAGGAAUCUCAGGCCAAUUUGGAGUCAACAUACCAGGAGCUCCUCAGUACCCUUAAUCAACUAUCAGGCUGUAUUCAUGACAACUCUGAGAUGACCUACAACCUCGACAUCAUGAACACAUAUGACGUGGACACAGUGAAAGAAAUGAUCCAGAAUAAUGAGGACAUGGAGACUAAUGUGUCAGGUACCCAGAGGCAUCUGGAGGACACUGCGUUUGACAUCCAGUACUUUAUCUCAGAGCAUGCCCAGUUCCUGAGCCCGGCCCAGAGCAGGCACCUCCUCAAGUCUCUCAGCGCCACCCAGAGGGCAAUUAAGGAUCAGAUGGAGAGGGUGGCCAAUCAGAGACGCACCCUUCAACUCCAGCUGGAGAUCAGCGAGAAUGAGAGUCAGCAGAAGUGCUUGGUGGAGAAACAGAAGGAGUUCUCAGACAAGUUGCAGGAGCUCUGUGACAACCUGACCAAUACAGAGAACUGUCUGAUAGGCCAGCAGCAGCAGGCCAAGAGUGUAGAGAGUGUGGAAGACCUGCAGCAGGUCCAGAAAGAGCAUCAGGCCUUGCAGAAAGAUAUCCUGACCAACGGCAGUGCCUUGAAUGAGGUCAUCAGCAGCACCAAGAAGUUCCUGGAUGAGAACCGGUCUAAGCUGACCCCAGAUCAGAUCGCUGCCAUCGAGAGCAAGCUGGAGGACGCCAAGAGCAAGGUCAAACUCAUCAACCAACGGGCCGAGGAGUCAAGGAAAGACGUGGAGAAGUCUGUGACUACUGCUAUCAAACAGGAGACUGAGAAGGAAGCUGUUGUUGAGCAGCUUGAGGAGAGCAAGAACAAGAUCGAGGGUCUGCUGGACUGGAUCAACAACAUAGGGAAUGAGAAAGGGAUGGGGGUCGAUCAGACAGACCAUAUGGGCAAACAGAACGGGAACAUGCCUUUGCCAUCGGAGACCUCAGCCAAGAACAUUCUGGGAGAGGAUGAUGACCCCAAUGGAAACAAUGGAAACGCUCUCCAGACUACAGAUAACGACACUGGCAGACAGGCUACAGAGAAGACCCCAGAACUGGACCUGGACAAGCAGUAUGAUAGGGUCAAGGCUCGUCACCAGGAGAUCCUGUCCCAGCAGCAGGACAUGAUCAUGGCCACCCAGUCAGCCCAGGCUCUGCUGGACCACCAGGCCCAUGCCCUGUCCUCCACGGAGAAAGACAAGCUGCAGAUGGACAUCCAGGAGUUGAAGGGUCGGUACAACGCUUCCCUUACCCAGGCAGAACAGCAGAUGAAGCAGGUGGUCCAAGUCCAGGAGGAGCUGAAGAAGUUCCAAGGAGACUGUGAGGAGUUUGAGGGCUGGCUGCAGCAGGCCGAGGGGGAGGUGGGGGAGCUGGGAGCCCCCGCUGGAGCUCUGAACAUCCUCACAGAGAAGCUCCAGAGACAGAAGAGCUUCUCUGAGGACGUCAUCUCCCACAAGGGGGACCUGCGGUUCAUCACCAUCUCAGGGCAGAAGGUGCUGGACGUGGCGAAAGCCUGUGGACGCAUGGACCCUGAGGGGAAAGAUGCCCAGCUGGAGGUGGAUACCACUGGAACCUGCGCUGCUGUAAAGGAUAAGCUGGACUCGGUUGCUAGCCGUUACAAAGCCCUGCACUCUCAGUGCAAUGAGCUCGGCAACAACCUCAAAGAUGUGGUGGACAAGUACAAGAAGUACGAGGACUCAACCGCUGGUCUCCUGAAGUGGCUCAACAACUCAGUGGAGGAAGCCAGAAGGCAACAGUCUGAGGCCAUUGCUGCCGACCCUCAAACCCUACAGAAACAGCUGGAGGACACCAAGGCUCUGCAAAAUCAGACCACUGGUCGUCAGACUGCUGUGGAGACACUCCGCAAAACAUCUGACUCUCUGGUCACUGCUGAGGGGGACCUGUUGACCAAUCAGGACGAGAUCCAGGAGACAGUAGAUGAUAUUGUGGAAAGGUAUGACAACCUGUCCAAGUCAGUGAGUGAUCGUAAUGAGAAGCUUCAGAUCACCUUGACCCGCUCCCUGAGUGUCCAGGAUGGCCUGGAUGAGAUGAUGAGAUGGAUGGAGGGAGUAGAGAAGAGUGUGAAGGAGAAAGGACAAGUCCCUCUGGAUUCAGCAGCCAUUGGAGAUGUGCUGAGCAAAGGGGCAGCUCUGGAGCAGGAUAUUUCCAGUCGCCAGAGUAGCAUCUCGGCCAUGAAGGCCAAGGUGAAGAAAUUUGUGGAGACAGCUGACCCCUCCGCCGCGGCUCUGCUGCAGUCCAAAAUGGAUGCCCUGUCACAGCGCUUCUCUGACACCUGUGACAAGCACAAGCAGAAAAUGGAGCAGCUGGAGCAGUUGAAGGACAAGGUGGAGGAGUUCGAGAAGACCUCGGACAAGGUGCAGCAGUUUGUGCUCAAGCGCUCACAGGCCCUCUCCGAAACAGACGGGCCAGGGAAAAAUGUCAACGAGCUCUCGCAGCUCAUGCAGGACACUAACACUGAGUUGGCUGAACAUGCCAAGGAUGUGGAAAUACUGCAAAAGCUGUCAAAGGAGCUGUCCAAUAUGGGUCCAGAGGGAAGCAUGGCCCAGAUUCAGGGAAAGAUUGACAACCUCUCCAACAACUUCAAUACCUUCAAAGACACUGUGAAAGAGAAAGAGGAGGAGGUGUCUUCCUGCCAGGACCAGCUGGGAGACUUCAGGGAUGCAGCCGGAGCUCUCAGGACGUGGCUGGAGGAGACAACAGAGAAAGUCCCUGUGGUUCAGCCAACCAGCAGUGAACAGAGUCUAUUGAAUGACCUGCAGAGAGUCAAUGCUCUAAUGGAGGAAUGGACAACCAAAGGCUCUGCUGUCCAAGAUAUAAAUAGCAAAGGAUCUGCGCUAUGUAGCUUCAUAAGUGUUCUCACAUCUCCAGCCAAGACCAAGAUGUCACACACGUCAGAGGUGAUGGUGGUACAGCAGAACAUGUCAUAUAUCAACAAGGGCCACGAGAGCCUGGGAGAACUACUGAAGGAGCGGGCUGCAGAGCUCUCUGGCCUGGUGCAGCAGGUGGCAGAGGCCCAGAAAGAGACAGAUGCCAUGAUAACAUGGCUGAAGGACAUGAAGAAGACAACAGCAUCCUGGAACUCUGCGUCCACAGAGAAAGACGCCAUGAAAACACAACUGGAGCAACAGAAGGCCUUUGAGGAGGACAUGAAACAAAAGCGUGAGCAGCUCCAGAAGCUGAGAGAGAAGCUCCUCCACUUGAUUGAGAAACACCCAGACUCUCCUGAAGCAGCCAAAUGGAAGCAGAUGCUGGCACAGAUAGAUGCUGCCUGGGCGGAUGUAAGCGGGUCGGUGGAGGACAGGAAGCAGCACCUGGAGGAGUCCAACAGGAACCUGGACGUGUUCCAGACCACGGAGCCACAGCUCCGCCAGUGGCUCUCAGAGAAGGAAAUGAUGCUCAGUGUCCUGGGGCCCCUCUCCAUGGACCCCAACAUGCUCAACACACAGAGGCAGCAAGUCCAGAUCCUCCUGAACGAGUUUGACAGCCGUAAGCCACAGUAUGACCAGCUUAAUGAGGCUGCUGCUGCUAUCCUGAGCACAUCAGGCAAGCAGGACCCCUCCUCUGGUGGGAAGGUGGUGAAGGACCAACUGGCCGCCGUGACCCAGAAAUGGCAGGGCCUGACUGGGCAGCUGAGACAGCGAGCCGGCCUCAUCGACCAGGCCGUGGGGAAGACGGGCCAGUUCCAGGAUCUGCUGAGGAGCCUGAGCCAGAGCGCCGCCUCACUGGAGACCCGGCUCAACAGCCAGCAGGCCCUUAGCAGUCAGCCUGACAUGGUGAAGAAGCAGCUGGAGGAGGCUAACACCAUCUCUGGCCAGCUGAGGGAGGAGAGGAAGAGACUGAAAGAGGCUGAGACCCUCUGCUCGGAGCUCUCUGCCCUGGUCACAGAGGACUACCUGAAAACAGACCUAGCCAGGCAGCUGGAGGUGGUCACCAAGCCCUUCAAACAGUUGGAGGAUAAAGCAGUGAAGCGGAUCCAGCAGCUGAACUCGGCCUUCGCAAGCUCCCAGCAGUUCCACCAGACCUCCAAAGACUUCCAGGGGUGGAUGAAUGAGACGCUCCAGGAGCAGUCUAAAUCCCAGGCAGUCUCAGCCCAGGUGGAGACCCUUCAGCAAAGCCUGAAAGAGCACAGUGCCCUGCAGAAGGCCCUCAGUGAACAUGAGGAACCAUACAGCACCAUCAUCAGGGGGGGGGAGACCCUCCUCCAGAACACAGAUGGGGCAGAGAAGGUGUCGCUGCAGGGCCAGCUGGCCACAUUGCGUUCCAACUGGGACGACAUGAAGAAGAGCUCAUCCGAGCGCCAGGAUAAGCUCCAGGGAGCGCUGCAGAGGGCCCAGAAGUACCACGAGCAUGCUGAGAAGCUCCAGUCCUGGGUCCAGGAGAGUGAGGUCAGGGAGGGUAGCGUCAGGCUCUGCGUGGACCCAGCGGAGGUGGAGAGCUCAAUCUCCCAGCUGAAGGCCAUCCAGAAGGACGUGGACAAACACAGAGGCCUGGUGGCGCAGCUGAACACUGCAGCCGAAAGCCUCCUGGAGGUGGCCAAUGCAGACACAGAGGCCGUCAGGGAGGAGAAGGCGGCCAUUGGGCAGAGCGUGGACCGGGUCACAGAGAGGGUCCAGAACAAGAGGGAGUCUCUGGACAAGAUCUCACAGAGGCUGAAGGAGUUCAACGACACCCACAAAGAAGCCAAGGGCCAGCUGGAAGGGGCUAAGAAGCAGCUUGUCGCCUACUCAUCACUGGGGGUCCAGGCCUACAGCGACAAGAACCUGACCAGCAUGAAGGCCCAGCAGAAGAGCCUGGAUGGGGUCAACACACAACUGGAGCACCUGAAGAGUCUUGCCCAGGGCCUAGUGGCCGACGUCCCCGAAGCUGACGGGGUGACAGACCUCCUCCUUCAGGCCAACAGCCUGGAGAAAGAGUACGGCUCCCUCAGCAAGGAUGUAGGGAAGACUUGCUCCACCUUGGAGGGCAAGCUGCAGGGCAUCGGGCAGUUCCAGACCAACAUCCGCGAGAUGUUCACCCGCUUCGCAGACUUAGAUGAUGAGCUUGACAGCAUGGCUCCUGUGGGCCGCGAACUGGCCACUCUGAAUGAGCAGCAGGGCGGCAUCAAGGGCUUUGUGGAGAAACUGCAGGAGCUGAUGGCAGACACAGCUCAAGGAGAGGACAGAUGUAAGAAGAUGCUGAAAACUGAGGCCUCCCCAGACCUUCUGGGGCUGAAGAGAGACCUGGAUGUUCUGAGUAAGCAGUGUGGCAAGCUGAUGGACAGAGCCAAAGGGAGAGAGGAAGAGGUGGGGAGUACACUCACCCGUCUGAAUGAGCUUUACUCCAAGCUACAGCAGUUCACUAACAAACUGGGCGGAGCCGAGGUCAAGGAGGAGGGUCAAGGGUCAGUUGGCAUGGAGACAGAUGUCAUCAACCAACAGUUGGAAGCUUUCAAGGUAUUCCAGAAAGAGGAGGUUGAUCCACUACAGACCCAGUUGCAAGACAUCAACUGGCUGGGCCAGGGCCUGAUCCAGAACGCCGCCAAAGGUACCAGCACCAAGGGCCUUGAACAUGACCUGGAGGAUGGCAACACUCGAUGGAACACACUCAACAAAAAGAUUGCUGAGCGGUCAGCGCAGCUGCACGAGGCCCUAUUGCAUUGUGGGAGGUUCCAGGAUGCUCUGGAGUCCCUGCUCAGCUGGCUGACGGACACGGAGGAGCUGGUGUCCAAUCAGAAACCUCCCUCUGCUGAGUUCAAAGUUGUCAAGGCACAGAUCCAGGAGCAGAUACUCCUCCAGAGGCUGCUCGAUGACCGUAGGCCUACGGUGGAGCUGAUUAAGAAGGAAGGAGGGAAAGUUGUGGACCUGGGAGCAGAGUUUGUGGAAAAGGAGAAGGUGGGGAAGGAGAUUGAGUGCCUGGGGCAGAGGUGGGACGCUUUGCUGAAGAAGGCUGAGAACAGGCACAAACAGCUGAAGAGCAUUCUAGUUGUGGCUCAGCAGUUCCAUGAGACACUGGAGCCUCUGUCUGAGUGGCUCUCUGCCACAGAGAAACACCUGGCCAAAUCUGAACCCAUCGGCACACAGACUACCAAGCUGGAAGUGCAGAUCUCCCAGCACAAGGCCUUAGAGGAGGAGAUAAUGGGUCACAGUAAAGACCUGGUUCAGGCCAUCAGCCUGGGUCAGAUGCUCAAGCCGGUUAGCUCAGUGGAAGAUAAGGAGCUGGUGCAGUCUAAGCUGGACUCCACCCAAGCCAGUUACAUAGAGCUGCAGGAGCGCUGUAGGAGGAAGGCUGAGAUGCUGCAGCAGGCUCUGGCCAAUGCCCAGCUCUUUGGAGAGGAUGAGGUGGCCCUCAUGAACUGGCUCAACGAAGUGCACACUAGGCUGAGCGAAGUGUCCGUCAAAGACUACAAGAUGGACGUUCUUGAAAAGCAGUGUACAGAACAACUGGCCCUACAUGAAGACAUUGAGUUGAGGAAGCAGAAUGUCGAUCAAGCCAUUUCCAAUGGAUUGGAGCUGCUGAAACAAACAACAGGUGAUGAGGUGGUUGUCAUCCAAGGCAAGUUGGACGGGAUAAAGACGAGAUACGCUGAGAUCAACUCCAUGAGUGGUAACGUGUCUAAGACCCUGGACGAGGCCCUGACCCUGGCCUCCAAGCUUCAGCACACCCAUGAAGACCUCAGCUCCUGGCUGAAGAAUGUCGAAGCUGAGCUCACCGCCUUUGCUGCUCAGGAGCCUGUAGGAGAGCAGCUCAUCCAGGCACAAGACAGGCAGAAGGCAUUGCUGAAAGAAGCCAUGGAUCACAAGCCCCAGGUGGACAAACUGAAUGAGGUGAGCAGCUCUCUGCUGGAGCUGGUCCCAUGGAGGGCCCGGGAGGGCCUGGACAAGCUGGUGACAGAGGACAACGACCGAUACAAGGCCGCCAGUGACAUCAUCACACAGCAUGUGGAGCAGAUCAACGCCGCCAUACUGAAAUCACAGCAGUUUGAACAAGCAGCUGACAAUUUGCUGGCCUGGCUUACUGAAGCAGAGAGGAAGAUGUUGUCAUUGGGGGAGAUCAGGCUGGAACAGGACCAGACCACAGCACAGCUCCAGGCCCAGAAGGUCUUCUCCAUGGACAUCAUGAGACACAAGGAUGCUGUGGAUGACAUUGUGAAAACAGGCGAGGCCAUCAUGAACAGCAAGGAUGAGGAUGAAAAGCAAGCCUUGAAGGUCAAGAUCCAAGCCCUCCUGGAGAAGUACGGUGUGGUAAGUCAGCUGAACUCGGAGCGCUGCCUGCAGCUGGAGCGAGCCCAGUCUCUGGCCAGCCAGUUCUGGGAGACUUACGAGGAGCUGUGGCCCUGGCUCCAGGAGACCCGCACCAGCUUCAACCAGCUCCCACUGCUGGCCAUUGAGUACGAAGCUCUCCGACAGCAACAGGAGGAGCUCAGGCAAAUGCGAGAGCUGAUUGCAGAGCACAAGCCCCACAUCGACAAGAUGAACAAGACGGGUCCCCAGCUUCUAGAGCUGAGUCCUGUGGAGGGGAUCCCCAUCAGGGAGAAGUACACAGCCACAGACCUGCUGUACGCCCAGCUCAAGGCUGAUGUCAAACAGAGGGCUGCCACAUUGGAUGAGGCCAUCUCCAAAUCCACACAGUUCCAUGACAAGAUCGAGCCCAUGCUGGAGUCCCUGGAGCGGAUCGCUGAGCGCCUGCGUCAGCCUCCCUCCAUUUCUGUGGAGGUGGAGAAGAUCAGGGAGCAGAUCACAGAGAACAAGGCUGUGUCUGUGGACCUGGAGAAACUGCAGCCUUCCUACGACACGCUCAAGCAGCGUGGAGAGGAGAUGAUCGCUCGCUCAGCGGGAGCUGACAAGGACAUAUCUGCUAAAGCUGUGCAAGACAAGCUGGACCAGAUGGUGUUCACCUGGAAUGAGAUCCAUGCCCUGAUGGAGGAGAGGGAGGCCAAGCUGCUGGAUGUAAUGGACCUGGCAGACAAGUUCUGGUGUGACCACUGUGCCCUCAUCGUUACCAUCAAGGACACCCAGGACCUGCUGAGGGAGCUGGAGGAGCCUGGAGUCGACCCCUCUGUGGUGAAACAGCAGCAGGAAUCUCUGGAGAGCUUCAAGGAGGAGAUUGACGGGCUUCAGGAGGAGCUUGAUGUAGUGCGGAACUUGGGGGCGGAGCUUAUGGCUGCCUGUGGCGAACCAGAUAAGCCAGUCAUAAAGAAGAGUAUUGAUGAGGUGAACUCGGCAUGGGAGACUCUGAACAAGACAUGGAAGGAGAGAGUGGACAGACUGGAUGAGGCCAUGCAGGCUGCUAUGCAGUUCCAGGAUGGCCUGCAGGGUAUGUUUGACUGGGUGGAUAUCGUGGAGCACAAACUGGAUUCUAUGUCACCUGUGGGUACAGACCUAGACACUGUCAAGCAGCAGAUUGAAGAACUCAAGGAGUUCAAAGGUGAGGCGUAUCAGCUGCAGAUUGAGAUGGAGCGUCUGAACCACCAGGCGGGCCUACUGCUGAAGAAGGUGACGGAAGAGUACGACCGCUGUGCCAUCCAAGAGCCCAUGACCGAGCUCAAAAUGCUCUGGGACAACCUGGAUGAAAAUAUCAUCAACAGACAGCACAAACUAGAGGGAGCGCUGUUGGCUCUGGGGCAGUUCCAGCAUGCGCUGGAUGAGCUUCUGGCCUGGAUGAGCAACACGGAAGAGCUGCUUAAUGAGCAGAGGAAGGCUGCAGGAGACCCCAAAGCCAUUGAGAUCGAGCUCGCCAAGCACCACGUCCUCCAGAAUGAUGUGUUGGCCCAUAAGACCACGGUGGAGGUGGUCAAUAAGGCUGGUACUGACCUGGUGGAGUCCACCUCUGGAGAGGAAGCCUCUGGACUGCAGAGCAAACUGGAGAACCUCACCCAGCGCUGGAAGAACAUCCUGGAGAAGACAGAGCAGAGGAGACACCAGCUAGACGGUGCUCUGCUUCAGGCCCAAGGUUUCCAUGGCGAGAUCGAAGACAUGCAGCAAUGGCUGAAAGACACAGAGCGUCAGCUGUUAGCAUCAAAGGCUGUGGGAGGCUUACCAGACACGGCCCGCGAGCAGCUUAACGCCCAUCUGGAGUUAUGUUCUACAUUAGAGGCCAAGGAGGAGCUCUACCAGCAGCUGAUGAACAAAGGUCAGCAGCUGCUCACCAUGACCCCCUCCGGCCAGGACAGCAACACAGAGCAGGACCUCAGGAACCUGCAGGACAAGAGGGAGUCGGUACAGGUCAAGGUGGCUGAGAGAAAGGUGAAACUGGAGGAGGCCUUGACUCUGGCCACAGAGUUCCAUAACUCUCUCCAGGACUUCAUCAACUGGCUGACCCAAGCUGAACAGACUCUCACUAUGUCCUCUCCUGCCUCCCUCAUCCUGGAAAACAUCAUGUUCCAGAUAGAUGAGCACAAGGUGUUUGUGACGGAGGUGAACUCCCACAGGGAGCAGAUCGUUGAGCUGGAUAAGACAGGGACCCACCUGAAGUACUUCAGCCAGAAGCAGGAUGUGGUGCUGAUCAAGAACCUGCUGAUCAGUGUGCAGGGCCGCUGGGAGAAGGUGGUACAGAGGUCUGUGGAAAGGGGCCGUCUGCUGGAUGAUGCCAGGAAGAGGGCCAAACAGUUCCACGAAACCUGGAACAAGCUGACGGAAUGGUUGGACGAGUCGGAGAAGGCCUUGGACUCGGAGCUGGAAAUCGCCAACGACCCUGACAAGAUCAAGAUGCAGCUGGCCCAGCACAAGGAGUUCCAGAAGGCGCUGGGGAGCAAGCACUCGUUGUAUGACACAACCAGUCGUACGGGACGUGCCCUGAAGGACAAGACGUCACUGCAGGACGACAACCAGAAGCUGGAUGACAUGCUGAGUGAACUGAGGGACAAGUGGGACACUGUCUGUGGCAAGUCAGUUGAGAGGCAAAACAAGCUUGAGGAGGCACUGCUGUUCUCUGGUCAGUUUACUGAUGCCCUUCAGGCCCUGAUUGACUGGCUGUACAGAGUGGAGCCUCAGCUGGCCGAGGACCAGCCAGUACAUGGAGAUAUAGACCUGGUCCUUAAUCUCAUUGACAGUCACAAGGUGUUCCAGAAGGAGCUGGGGAAGAGGACAGGGAGCGUUGUGGCCCUGAAGCGUUCGGCUAAGGACCUGAUUGAGAGCAGCCAUGAAGACUCAUCUUGGGUCAAAGCUCAGAUGCAGGAGCUGAGCGCUCGCUGGGAGACUGUGUGCGCCCGCUCAGUAUCUAAACAGACCCGGCUGGAACAGGCAUUGUGUCAGGCUGAGGAGUUCCACUCUACGGUCCAUAUCCUGCUGGAGUGGCUGGCCGAGGCUGAGCAGAGCCUUCGUUUCCAUGGCACCCUGCCCGACGACGAGGAUGCCCUCAGGGCUCUUAUCGAGCAGCACAAGGAGUUCAUGAAGAAGCAGGAGGAGAAGAGAGUAGGCCUGAACAAAGCCACCAGUAUGGGGGAGGCUAUCUUGACCAUCUGCCAUCCAGAUUCUAUCACCACCAUCAAACACUGGAACACCAUCAUUAAAGCCCGGUUCGAGGAGGUCCAGACGUGGGCACGGCAGCACCAGCAGCGCCUGGCCAUGGCCCUCAGUGAUCUGCUUGCCACUCAGGAGCUGCUGGAGGGUCUGCUGGGCUGGCUGCAGUGGGCUGAGGCAACACUCAACGAGAAGGACAAGGAGGUCCUGCCUCAGGAGAUAGACGAGGUCAAAGCUCUUAUUGCUGAACACCAGACAUUCAUGGAGGAAAUGACCAGGAAACAACCAGAUGUUGACACGAUCACCAAGACACACAAAAGAAAGUCUGCGGGUGGUAGCGAGCCUGCCAUCCAGUCCCAAAUCCCUGUCCUGGAGAAAGGAAGAGGUGGAAGAAAGCGUUCUCCCACACAAGCCAUGUACCCAUCAGCGUCACAGCCUCCCAUAGAGACCAAGAACCCCAGGGUCAACCUGUUGGUCAGCAAGUGGCAGCAGGUGUGGCUACUGGCCCUGGACAGGAGGAGGAAACUCAAUGAUGCCAUGGACAGACUUGAGGAGCUGAAGGAAUUUGCCAACUUUGACUUUGAUGUGUGGCGGAAGCGCUACAUGCGCUGGAUGAACCAUAAGAAGUCACGUGUCAUGGACUUCUUCAGACGCAUUGACAAGGACCAGGAUGGAAAGGUCACCAGACAGGAGUUCAUUGAAGGCAUCCUCUCCUCCAAAUUCCCUACCAGUCGGCUGGAGAUGAGUGCGGUGGCAGACAUAUUUGACCGGGAUGGUGACGGCUACAUCGACUACUAUGAGUUUGUGGCUGCCCUUCAUCCCAACAAAGAGGCAUACAAACCCCUCACAGAUGCAGACAAAAUUGAAGAUGAGGUUACACGCCAAGUGGCAAAAUGCAAGUGUCCUAAACGAUUCCAAGUUGAGCAAAUUGGUGCCAACAAAUACAGGUUCUACCUUGGAAACCAGUUCGGAGACUCCCAACAGCUGCGUCUGGUGCGGAUCCUGCGGAGCACUGUGAUGGUGCGCGUUGGUGGAGGCUGGAUGGCUCUGGAUGAGUUCCUUGUAAAGAACGACCCGUGUCGAGCCAAAGGCAGGACAAACAUGGAGCUGCGAGAAAAGUUCAUUCUCCCAGAGGGCACCACUCAGGUGAUGGCAAGCUUCCGGUAUAGAGGUCGUAGGUCGCGACCGUCGUCACGGGCUGCCUCUCCCAACAGGUCAAACUCUAGCCAUAGCUGUCCUGCCCAGCAUAAUAACCCAGCCUUGCCCAGCACACCCAAGACUCCCCAACACAUAACUCGCAAUUAUGAUAAACCCUGGCUGACAAACAGCAAACCCUCCACUCCUCUUAAAUCAUCAGACUCCUUUGAGAGCCAAGGUUCAUCCUCUGAGAGCACUCCGAUACAGGGAAGUAAACUGCGGCUCCCUGGAUACUUGUCAGGAAAAGGUUUCCAGUCGGGUGAAGAGCCGGGAACCCUGAUCAAUGCUGCUGUGAUGAAAGCACGGGGACAGGCCAUAGGGUUUGAAUCGAGAAGGUCCGGCAGCCGACCUGGAAGUAAAGCAGGCAGUCGAGGGAGCAGCCGGAGGGGAAGCGAUGCUUCAGACUUCGACAUCUCGGAUAUCGCAUCGGUGUGCUCCGACACAUCGGAGACGGUGGGUGACACCAGUCGGGCUACACCCCGCUCGUCGUCACGUCAACACGGAGGCAAGCCCUCCAAAAUCCCGACUCCUCAAAGAAGGUCGACCCCCAGCAAACUGGCCCAGACCUCCAAGAGAUAGUCAGGGGCCUUGAGACAACCACAGGAGUCACGUUGGCCCAAAGUGACAAGAGAGACUGGCGUAUGUGUUGAUUAUUUAAAGUCUUGUGAAGAUGUAAAAUAUUCUGUUGAAUAGAAAAAUGGUUUAUUAUUAAGUGAGAAUGGAAUGCCAAUGGCCUUGUGUUUGUCUUAAUGUAUUUAAUUUUAUGUGAAUAAUGUCAAAUUAUUAUGAUUAUUUUAUUUUAUUGACGCUAAACCUGAAAAGUUUAAAGAAACUGAAAAGAAAAAAAACAUGGAGAAGACCACACUGUAUGGUCAACUAACAAUUCUACACACUAAUGAAUGGUAACACACAGCAUUGUACUCGUGAGAGGUUUACUGAAUGUUCUGUAUGCUGACAUGCGUGUGACAGACGGUGCAUCACGCUACCCUGUGGGACACCUCAAUUAUCUAUUAUCUAUUUAAAAUGCAAUGAUGUACUGCCAAAAUGCAUUUAAAGGGCAAUACAAUAUACAUGUAGCCUACCACAUAGUAAACACUGCAAAUAAUUAUGUUCUGACUGAGAUGACUGUUGAUGGCAAGUUCACAGAGAAAUCCCUCAAUAUCCAGGCUUUAAAGUACUCCACCUUACCUUAGGUAGUACUGUUUUGUUUGGUCAACUUACAGCGAUGUGUGCCAUUUUACCUUGGACAUUGGCCUCCCCGGACCCUGAGUAGACAUUCUUUAGUGCAUUCGUCAGUGUAUGGUUCAUUUUGCUAGAGUGGAAAGGAUCGCUGUUAACGUUUUGUAAUAAAUCUGCUAGCCGAAAGCUACCAUGGGAUACUGACAUGGG